UCGAGUUGGCGCGCCCUUGCCAUGGACACACUGAGAGCUCUGGGACCGUUGCAUCGCGUCUGUCAGGUGUGCAAUCUCUGGCAGUGGCGCCUGGACAAGGAGAGCGGACUCCUGCGUCGCUCUAGCUGGCUGGAGCUCUACGGCUGGACGGUGCUGGUGGCGGCCGGUGGCUACGCCGCCUAUGGCCUCUUUCAGGAGAGCAGCGGCAGUGGGGAUGCAGAUGAUAUGAUGGAUGCCGAGACGACCAUCAGCAGCAUUGGCCACACGGUGGACUUUAUCCAACUGGUGGGCAUACGGGUGGCGCACAUGGCCGCCCUGCUGGAGGCGUUGUGGCAGCGUCAGGCGCAGUGCAAUUUCUAUGCAGAACUGGCCGAGAUUGAUCGGCAGCUGGCGCGGGACCUUCAGAUGAACGUGGACAGCAGACAGGUGCGCCGUCGCACCAAUCGUCGGGCAAUGUGGAUGCUGUGGGGCUAUGUGGCCAGCCAGAGCCUGAUACUGGUCGCGAAGCUAGUGGCUCCGGGUUCGCGUCAGUUUCCCAUCUACUGGAUUCAGUACCUCCUGCCGAUGCUCGUGUGCGGCCUACGCUAUUUUCAGAUCUUCACCGCUGUGCUGAUUGUGGGCCAGCGCCUGGAACUGCUGCUCGAUGCCCUCCGAACAUUACAGUUGCAGGAUUCGGUGGCGGAGGCGGAGACGGAGACGGAGACGGUGACAACGGGCACGGCGUCCUCAAUGCUGCGCCUGGUGGCUGUGCGGCAACUUUAUCAGAGGGUGUGGUCGCUGGUGGCACUGCUUAACCGCAGCCACGGCCUCUCAAUACUGCUGCUGGUGGGCAAUGACUUCCUGGCCAUCACCUCCAACUGCUACUGGAUCUUCCUCAACUUUCGACAGUCGGCGGCAUCGCCCUAUGACAUCCUUCAGAUUGUGGCCAGUGCCGUGUGGUCCGCCCCGCACCUGGGCAACGUUCUGGUUCUCUCCCUGAUCUGUGACCGCGCAGCGCAAUGUGCCACACGCCUGGCGCUGAGUCUGCAUCAGGUCAGCGUGGAUCUGACAAACGAGUUGCACAAUGCUCUGGUAGGUUCUUCCGUAUGUUUCUUCUUGUGAUCUGUGAACUCUGUGCUCCCUCCCCCUGAUCAUCCUUAGAUCACCCAGUUCUCGCUGCAGCUACUCCACCAGAGGCUUUACUUCAGCGCCGCCGGCUUUUUCAAUGUCGACAAUACACUCCUC